AUGACGCCUACACCGCCCUCUACCACAUCCUCGAGCGGCCACUCGCCGGAGUUCAGAGUAAUCCGCAAGCGCAAUCGGGUGCCGCUCUCCUGCGCACCAUGCAGACACAGAAAGUUGAAAUGCAAUCGCUCCCACCCCUGCGAAAAUUGCGUCAAACGGGGCGAUGGCCCCUCCUGUACCUAUGCCCAAGCCGGAACCCGAAAGAAGAACUCGCCCCAGCAAAACACCCCGACCUCGCCAGAUGAUAUGCAAAAUCGGAUCGAUCGCUUGGAGGGGCUGGUCCUGUCCUUGAUGACCAACGGGAAUCAGUCGGCCGGCCCGACUGCUGCUCUGGCUGCGAUUUCCGGGGAGAGCACGGGUCGGUCUGGGUCGACGGGUCUCUCGAAUGAGAUUGAACUGGAGGACGACGAUGGGAUCCAAGAGGAGAGUGACACGGAGCAGGUCACGAAGUCUUUUGGUGUGAUGAAAAUGGACAAUAACAAGUCUUACUAUAUCAGUGAGGCCCACUGGGCGUCCGUCCUCAACGAUAUCUCUGAAGUGCGGAAUUUCUUCUCUACACAUAAGAAGCAGUUCGAGGAGCAAGCAGAAAAGAUCAAGGUCGCGCGGCCACGGACCGAUGUUCCAGAAUCCACCCUGCUUUUCGGUGCAAUGAAACCAUUGUCCCGACCAGAGAUCAUGUCUUCAUUACCAUCGAAGUAUACAGCAGAUCUGCUUGUAGCUCGAUAUUUCAACACCUACGACCCCGCAACUCAUAUCCUGCAUGGCCCGACCUUCCAGGCGCAAUAUAACAAGCACUGGGAGGAUCCCACGCAGACGGAAAUUGUCUGGAUUGCGAUGCUCUUCGCCAUGAUGCGGCUGGCCAUGCUAUCCUAUUAUCGCGAAGGCGACGAACCCCCAGAAUUCCGGGGCAAAGCGAUGGAUAUGGCGGGCAGCUUCCGCAAUUCGGUUGCUCAGUGCUUGACCUUGGCAGACUAUACGAAACCACACCCAUUCCUCAUUGAAUCGCUGGUAUUCCAUCUCCAUGGCGAUUACUCCCAGACCUGGGAGGCUGAUGUGUCGGUUUGGGUGCUGGCGGGUGUGAUUACCCGUCUGGCGAUGCGUAUGGGAUACCACCGCGACUCCAAGAUGUUCCCCAACAUCACUCCUUUCCAAGGAGAGAUGCGGCGUCGGGUAUGGUCUUUCGUGGCGACAGCGGACCAGCUCUUCUCUUUCCAAGUUGGCAUGCCCAGUAUGCUUCGUGCGGCAGAUAUGGACACCGAUCUGCCUCGCAAUCUGUAUGAUGAUGACUUUGAUGAGAACUGCAAAGAGCUGCCCCCGCCUCGUCAGCUGAGCGAGCCAACACCCAUCUCCUAUUUGAUCUCCAAGGCUCGUUUGGUGUACGCUUUCGGUCGGGUCAACGAGCAAGCUUCUUCUCUUUCAUCCAUCUCCUAUGAUAAGGUGAUGGAAUUGGAUGCGGAUUUGCGGCGUGCGAGGGAAUUGAUUCCUGACCAUUUGCUGAUCCGGCCGAUGGAGGAGUGUGGACAUGACCCAGUGAAUCUGAUCAUGUCACGAUUCUCUGUCACGACUAUCUAUCUCAAAGCGCAGUGCGUACUGCACCGACCAUACAUCGUUCGCUCCCGAGAGAACCCUCGAUUCACUUACUCUCGCCGCACAUGCAUUGAUGCAGCAAUGGAACUACUCGAUUUCCAAGCAAUCCUCCACACAGAAAUGCGGAGUGGCCGUUUGCGAGGCCGCUGCACGAUCGUCACAGCCCUCAACGCAGCGGACUUCCUCCUGGCCGCAACCAUCGUCUGUCUCGAUCUCUACCAAGGCUACCAACUGCAAUCAUCCAACAGACCAUCCGGUGACAUCUUCACUUGGGGCCGAGAACGACGAGAUGAGAUGAUGGCGGCGCUGCAGCGCUCGAAAGAGAUCUGGGACGAGCUGCGCGAUAAGAGCAUGGAAGCGUUCAAGGCAAGCAGUAUCCUCGGUGUCAUGUUGACCAAGAUCCAAAGCGCCAUCCCCGGAUCAGAAACUACCACUGCAAAUGUCCCGUUCGAACCGCAAGACGAGAAGCAGAAUGCAGCUAUGACACUCGGCCUGUUGAGUAGCGGCAUGAGCCCGAUGAAUCCCGGUCCAGCACCCUACUCAGACACCAUGUUCAAAAUGGAGGAACCGCCAAUGCCCGGCGUGGGCUCGACGGCCGAAAUGCCAGGUCCUGCUUCGCCGUUCAGUAGCAUGUUUGGUCAGAUGCCAGACAUGCAACUGAAUCUCGAUUGGAACGCAUGGGACACAUAUCUUCAAAACCCCGGCUUCGAAACGCCCAACCAAUUUUGGCCGAUGAUGGAUAACCAACGGCAACCAAUGCCUCAAUCCCUUGGUCUUACACAACCACCGGUGACAAGUCCCAUGGGGACAGCGCGAGUGCCCACUAUGCCAAACUCCGUGAAUAACGUACCGAACGGCCAAUUGCCCCGUUCACCAAAUAUGUUUUCGCCAUCCUCGAACUCUCCGGAAAGCGGAGGUUCGUCGAUACCUGGUUUCACACCUGCAUCUCACACGGACAGCUCGAGGAGGAGUCAAGGGUACUGCCUCCGCCGAGCCAGUUCAAGGCUGCUUAGCGCCUCACAAUCUCGAACAGUCACCACUCGAACACAAUCCGCACUCACCGUCCCCCCUACAUCCUCCAUCUCGACACGCACACCAACCAAGUACUCCGUCCACCAGCUACGAUGGAACUCCACAAAAGAACCCGAGCCGUCAGUAAAACCGGCAGAGCAAGAAAAUCCAGUCCAAGAAGAACUUUUGGCGCAGCAAGAACAGCGGCCGGAAUGGGAGCAGAAUGAGACGCCAGAAGAAACGGCCGUCAACCCGGAACAUGUCGAGCGCAAGCGCGCAAUGCGCAUGCGGCUCCUCGAUGCCAAGACGCAGAUGAAGACUACAUUUAAGACGCCGGAGUCGGAGACGAUAUACGUUGGUAAUCUGUUCUACGAUAUUGAGGCGGAGGAUCUGCGGGCGCGGAUGGAGCAGUUUGGUCCUGUUAUCCGGGCGCUUAUUGUUCAUGAUAAUCGGGGAUUGAGUAAAGGAUUCGGCUACGUCCAAUUCACCACCAUCGCCGCCGCGCGCGCCGCAGUCGAAAACAUGCAUCUCCAAAUCCUCGAAGGCCGACAAGUCGUCGUCCAAUUUUCACGCAGUCAACUCGAACAUCGGCGAUCCGAGCAUCCGCCUUCAAACACGCUGUUCAUCGGAAAUAUCCCACUCGAAUUCACGGAUCGAGACGUGCAGGAUGUUUUCCGCGACGUGAAGAAUCUGCUUGAAGUUCGGUUUGCAAUUGAUCGGCGCUCUGGGUCCCCGCGUGGUUUUGCGCAUGCGGAGUUCUUGCAUACGGACGCGGCUAUGCAGGCGAGGGAAUUGCUCUCGGGCAAGGCUCCUUAUGGUCGGAAACUGAAGGUUGAUUUUACGGAUCGGAAGAAGGUUAGUUUUGUUUCUGGGGAGAAUUUGAAGAUGCGGAGGAAGAGGGAGGAGGAGGCGAGGCGCGCUGAAGAGGGGCAGGAGCAGUAG